AUGGGUCCGAAGCGCAAGAGAGUUAACGACUCGGGCAGCGGCCGGCCUUCGCCUCACCGUCCAGACAACACUCCCCUCGGCCAACACGACAGGAACCGCCCUGGUCCUGGUGGCAGAUCCACACGGCGCAACGAGCGUCGCGAUUCCUUCCAGAACACUGCCUCGUCAACGGCGCCGGCCGCUGGCUCGCCUUUGAAUUCUCCCACCAUGCCUCGACCUUCCAGCGCUUCAUCCCAGCCUGCCGUCGCCCCACUGAACACAAAGAUGGCGUCAAACUUGCCCCCGUCGGCGCUGCCCUCUCCUGUGCAAUCAGGAUUCCACUACGAAGUCGUGACAGAUGCGCGGUUGGAAACCUGGUCACAGACCGGCCGCCAAGAAGUGGUGGAUCACGGGAUACAGUCACGGAAUGACGAAGACGUUCAGGAGCUGUCGACAAUAUUCCAGGAGCUUGUGCAGUCAUGUCUGGACUUCCGGCUGAGGCCAUCGGAGGCGGGUGAGAUUGUCAAGCACAUCAUCGGAACUCGACCUGAGGAUGCAGACACCAAUCCUCGCACCUUCGAUACCCACACUUUACUCCUUGAUACCCUCGCCAUCUAUGUUGAUGUCGGAUCUGGCUCUUACGACUCGAAUCUGCGCGAAUUCUUGAUCGCCACGGGCGUCGACCCGGUGUUGAUGCGAAGGGUACUAGAGCCAGCUCUGCUAGAGCAACUAGGACUUAUCCGCGACACAUUCACCAAGAUGGGUAUUCGACAAGCCACGAACAUCCUUUACAAACAAGCCAACUACAAUCUUCUGCGAGAGGAAACUGAAGGAUAUGCGAAGCUUGCUACGGAACUCUUUACAACCUCCAACACGGAACCUCCAACUUCAGAGGCCAUCCAGAAUGCCUUUGAAAGGGUAAAGGGUCUCAUCGGAACGUUCGAUCUGGACGUAGGGCGUGUUCUGGAUGUGACGCUCGACGUCUUUGCAUCAGUUCUCAUAAAGCAGAACCGUUUCUUCGUCAAGUUCCUCCGAAUCAGCUCAUGGUGGCCCCGCAGCCAUAACAAGUCUGCCAAUGUUUGGGGAGGGCUCCCCCAGUGGGCGCUUCCGGAGUCAGCACACUGGACUAUCAGUGCGGAAGAACAAAUAGUCAUCACUGAAAAGCGUCGCCAGCGCGAUUCUCAAUUUUGGGCCAGAGCCCGAGAAACGCACCUUGACGCCUACUUUGAGCUUGGUGGACGUCAAGUCGAGGGAGCCGAGCUCAACCGUCUGCAGGCUAUCCUUGAUGCCAACACUGACUCUGACGAUGGCAUGUCUCAGCUUGACCCACUGGCGCAGUGGAUGGUGGUUACCAAGACCUUGCCACCACAGGGCAACAGAGUCGCGGCACAGUUACUUGGGUUCAAGUUGAGGUUCUACGAUUCUCCAGCUGCUGGAGAAGAAGUGGUUCCUGCCAACCUCUUCUUCAUGACAGCUUUGCUUAUCAAGAUAGGCUUCAUCUCACUCGCUGACCUGUGGCCGCAUCUCUCUCCAACCGAUGAAAAAAUGAACACAGAAGUCAGAGAAACGAGAUUGAGAAUUCUCGAGGAGGAAGAUAGGGCCAAAACAGGCAGAGGCCGCGGUGCCCUUGCUUUGGCUGGGGCCUUAACCGACGAUAGCGACCCGACCCGACCCAACAAGGCCGUCACAGAGCCCAAGAUCAAUUCUGCUCCUGAGACGGCGAGGAAAGAAAAGCCCACAUACUACCAAAAGUUCUCCUUAGUCACUGAACUUCUCACCAUUGGCGCACUUCCCGAUGCCCUGUUUAUCUUGACUCGCUUCCCCUGGCUGACGGAAGCCUUUCCUGAGCUUCUCAAGCUCAUCAACCGCCUAAUUUCACAUUCGGUACAGAAGGUCUUCGAAGAGACCAGGACUGUGUCCGGCGAGCUUAGCAGUCACUUGGAGAUCCCGCUCAAGAGGAUGCCAGAUGUUGAUCAGGCAGGUGUAUCGAAGGGGUCCGUGCGACUUACCCAGAUCAAUUCCAAGCGGCCACUGCGCUGGCCACAUCCAGACGGCGAGAAGGACAACAUGCUGUACCGCUGCUACUGGGAUGACUGGGCCGACAACAUCCCGGUCUGUCAAACCAUUGAAGAUGUGUUAACGCUAUGCGACACUCUCAUGAAUUUCUCGGGGGUAAACAUCGGCAAAGAUGCGGCGCUACUCGCCAAAAUUGCCGCCAUCGGAGCUACAAGCCUGGCCGAAGAUCAGUCUCCCGAGAACAUGGGACGCUGGCAAGAUCUGCUGAAGCGAUUACUGGUUCCCGCACUGAGCAUGACUGAAGCCAACUCAUUCACGGUCCAGGCUGUUUGGGAUCUUCUGAAGCUGUAUCCUAUUACCACCCGGUACAACAUCUAUGCGGAAUGGUUCCAGGGACAGACGUCCCGUAAUUCAUCAAUCAAGUCAGCCUUUGCGAAGACCAGAGCAGAGACUAACGGUAUUCUGAAGCGUCUGUCACUGGAGAAUUUGUCUACCAUGGCUAAGAAACUAGCGAAGACUGCCUACGCAUCUCCCGGCGUGGUGUUCAAGACUGCCUUUGACCAAAUCGAGGCUUACCCGAAUCUGAUCGAGGCUUUUGUUGAGUGUGCCCGAUAUCUGACAGACCUUGGCUAUGACGUCUUGACUUGGUCUCUGAUGAGUGCCCUGGGCGGCAAAGCCAGGAGUCGAACCCAAGAAACAUCCGUACUGCUCACAAGCAAGUGGCUCCAGGCUCUUUCACGAUUCUCUGGGAAAGUCUUCAAGCGAUACCAGCAUAUGAAACCGUUACCUGUGUUACAAUACGUCAACAACCAACUGUCAAAAGGCAACUCAACGGACCUGGUUAUCCUUCGAGAGCUCAUCUCAACAAUGGCUGGCGUGGUCCCUGACGUUGACUUUACCGACGUCCAAAUGCGAGCAAUGACAGGCGGCGAAGUUCUCCGCCGACAGACACUCAUCAGCUUGGGAGAUCGCAGAGACGUGUCUGUGCAUGGCGCAGAACGCCUCAUGCAGUCUCUGAUGGAUACGAAGCUCGCGGGAAGGCUUCUUGUGAAUCUGGCCCAGUACCGCCAGUCGGCUCUAUACAAAUUGCCCGAAGACGAAUCGCACGUGAAAUACUUGGCUACAAUCAUGGAUGAAGUACAUCAGGCCAUGACACAAUAUCUUGAUUUCUUGCGCAGCAACUUAUCACCAGAUCAGUUCGACGCCAACAUUCCUAGCAUAGCCGAGUUGAUGACUGGGUAUGGUCUGGAUGUGGAUCUAGCAUUUAUGGUCGGCAGGGCUAGCCUAGCAUAUCGCAUGGCAAAUAGCAAGGUGGCGGCACUAUCCCAUGUCAAGGACGACCGUAGCGAUAACCAGCUCACCCAAGAAGGAGCUGAUACUGAUGGCGACCUGGCUAUGAAGGGCGGCAGUUCCGACUCAGUGGUCGCCAAGGAAGAUCCCGGAAAGGAUGAGCAUGAGGAUAAGAUGGUCCUGGACGAAAACGCCUCUGCUGCACCAUCGCCGCCCACUGCGGCUGAUACGCGGAAGUCGGACCCGAUCGCUGAUGUUCUCCAGCCGCUCGUCAACACUAUCCAAGACAUGCUACCUCCAGAGACCUGGCAACAUCUAAGCCCUGACUUCUACGUUAUUUUCUGGUCGCUAUCACUGGGUGAUUUGCAUGUUCCACAGUCCAACUACGAGGCUGAACAUGAAAGACUCAACAAGGAAGCAGAAGACGUUAUGAAAGAUCGCUCCGAUCUGACACGACAAGGCAUGAACAAGAAAGCGGAGAAGAAGAAAUCACUUCUGGGACUCGCCAAGUCAAUUCGCGAGGAGAUGACAGUGCACAUCGAGCGAUACCACAAGACGAAGCUCCGGUUGGCCAGACAGUCUAAAUUCUGGUUCUCAGGAACCAUUGCUGAGGCAAAUCUGACCUCCGAUGCUCUGCUUGAACACUGCAUACUCCCACGGCUUCUCGUUUCAUCUCUGGACACGGAAUACUGCUUCAGAAUGAUCAAGUUCCUCCACGAAAAUCAGACGCCAAAUUUCAAGUUAUUCACUUUCUACGAACGAUUCUUCAACGCAAACCGACUUCGAGCAAUGAUAUUUUCAUCCACGGUUCGCGAAGCGGAGCACCUAGGACGUUUCAUCAAGUGCAUACUCGAGGACUUAGCGAGGUGGCACGCUGACAAGACGACCUAUGAGAAGGAGGCAUUUGGCAAAUCUAAACGAAACCUCCUAGGAUUUGCGACAGCCAUCGAUGACGAGGGCAAUCCCACAAGCUUCGUUGAGCAUCCGUUCUUCCGAGAUUCUCACUACGAGUGGCAUAAGAACCUCAAUGUAGCGUUGAAAGCCUGCUUGCAAGGCACGAAGGAGUGGAUGCACAUCAGGAACGCUUUCACAGUCCUUAAGGCAGUUUCAAACUUCUUCCCGGCCGUCAAUUUCAUGGGAACCCAGCUCUUGAAGCUGCUCGAUGAGAUCAAGACGCGUGAAGAGGUGACGAAGGGCUCAUCAGAAGAAGGACAUCGUGUUGAUCUUGCCGUUACCGCUCUGACUGUCUAUUCCAUGCUGAAAAAGCGGGAGUCGAAAUGGGUUGCUGUCCCAGCUUUCCGUCCCAACAUGUCCGGAAUGCCGCAAGAUGGACCGAAGGACGUGGAAAUGACUGGCCAAAAUGCGAAGUCUGAUCUGCGGCCAACGGCCGCAGAAUUCAAGCCUCAACAAUCCAAUACUGCAACAUCUGCCCCUCCGGCCGAGGACGAGGACGGCGAAGUCAAGGACGGAAAGGACAACAAGGCUCCUCUAUCUGCUUCUACGCCUGGUGUUGCUGCGAGCCAAGACAAGGACGCAGUCAAAGACUCUGCAUUGAAGGAAAGGGCACCUGCGCCGAUCGGUCGGCCGGCAACACCAAAGUCAAACAUUGUCGUACCUUCGCCGGCACCUCUGCCCGGCCCAAGUGGACGCGUCGCCCAGAAGUUCCGAUUCCACCUCAUUACCGUCCAGAAUUGUUCCCGCAAGGACAUGGACAGGACCGUCGCGAGUCGCCCCGAGACACCCGAGAGACUCGAGAACCUCGGGAUCAAAAGGAGCCGCCUCGUGAAACGAGAGAUCCAAGAGAGCGCUUCCGAGAUCAGCUCCGAGAUCAGAGGGAUCAAUCUCGUGACGGCAGAGAAUCCAGGGAGCACCGCCAACCAGAGAGCAGUCGUGGCGAAAGGCGAGAGCACGAUCCAGACCGUCGUGCGAACGAGCGCGUGCCUCGUGAGUCGGGCCGGCUCUCAGAACGUGACUGGUCCAACAGGCCGGACCCUUCCCCGCGACGUGGGGAGUCUACAAGAGGAGAGCCUUCGAGGGGCGAGGCAGCACGCGGGCACGCAGACGCCUCCAAUUGAGCCGCCGAUUAAUCCCGAGAGGGCAGCUCUCCUCCAAAGUGAUGAGCGUCCCGAGAUGAUCAAUCCGCAACGCGCGGCUUUGCUGCAGACGCAGCAAUCUCAUUCUUCGACUCGCUCCCCAAGGGACAGUGGGCGAGACCGGGCCUCAUCGCGCACGCAGUCCCCCAGGAGAGAUGAUAGAUACAGUGCGACCACAAGCUCCGAAGGCCACUCUCGUGAGGAUCGACACUCCCGUCGUAAUGGACAUCACGCAGAGCCAUCUCAGCCCCCGGCGAGAGAUAUUGAGCAGCCCAGGGAGCAAGAUCGUCAGUCUAACGAGCGCAGCCGGGAUGCGUCGUUCCAUGGGCCCCCUCCUCGAUCUCAUGAAUCGGAUCGCGGCCGGCCGCCUCAGCAAGACCCGAACUACGGCCGCCUGAACCCAAUUCCGACGGUAGCAGAAGCUCCGCAAGGGCCUCGUGGACGCGGCGCGAGGAACUCAUCUAGAAUAUCGUCUAUGCCAUCAGGACCUAGGUCUGAUGGACGAAUGCCACCUCCAGAUGCGAAUCGGGCACCAUCGCCGGAUCGACAACCUCCAACUGGACCGUCGUCAUCAAGGCCACGCAGGGCGCCAUCGAACCAGUUUGACCAUGCGACGAAUUCCUCUGCUCCUCCCCCUGCGCCUGCUGGCGGCUUGCAUUCCGACCGUGCUCAUCAGUUUGAGCAGCCAAUGCAUCCUGACCGCAUGAGACACAUCGUCCCGCCACCGCCACCGCCGCCGCCGCGCGAGCCUUCCCAUUCACGUCCACAAGUGCCUCCUAUUCAUACGAAUGACCGCUUGACCACCCCCACAGGGCCAUCCGCGUCACGUCAAGGACAGAGCAGCCACCCUAACACCCCUAUUGCGGAACAAAACGCACCGCAUUCUGCUCCGACGGGCCCAUCCGCAAGCAAGGACCGGCAGCGAGGUAGCAUUCGAAGACAACUUGAGAAGCUCCAAGACAACAUCACCCCGGGCAAGCGUGACAAUGAUCAUCGUAGGACUAGGCAAAGCAUGCCGGACUCCGAUGCGCAAAUACUUACUGGCGCAUCACCAGUCUCGACCCCGGUCCAGGAGCGGCCCGACCCCAUACGGAGAAACCUGAAUCAGGAUCGCCCUGCCCCUGGAAACGACUUGGGUGGCAUGCCGUUUCGUGACUCGAGAGGCGAUGCGCACGAGGAGUUUGCUGGAAGUAGAGUGAGCAGACUGAGCGCCAUGAUCGACGAUCUGGCGUACCACCAGGGAUUGACAGCAACCGUAUCCGCGAUCCCAACCAUGAACCUAUUCAACCUCGACGACCUGCUCGAGAACCUGCUCCUAAUAACAGCAACCGCGACUCUUUGCCUGGUGGUGGUAGGGAACCUUCAGGCCCUGGUCGUGAACCACGACAUCGGGGCGACGGUAGCAGAGGCGAUGGAGGCAGUGGGGGAAGACCAAAUGAUGAAUGGGGUAGUAGCAGCAGAGGAGGAUCGAUGCGAGGUGGACCCAGAGACGGACCCAGAGACGGACCGGGACGGCUUGGUGAUGAUCGACGAGAUCCCCGUGGUGACGAACGAAACUCGGGCAGGAAGCGGAGGAGUGACAUUUCGGAAAUGCCGCAAAGCGACAGAGACAAGCGACCGCGACGUUAGAAGCGUCCUCCCUAUGGUCCGUCUUUGA